AUGUCUGCUACUCUAUUAAAACAGCCCCUAUUUACGGUUGUUCGGCAAAGUAGACAGUCGAGAGUGUCUGGACUAAAUCUUUUGAAACUAAAAGCAGAAUUGCAUAGACAACAUCUGUCGCCUUCUUUAAUAAAACUACACUCUGAAUUGAAAUUGGAUGAGUUGCAAACCGACAAUACCCCGGACUACGUCCGUUUAGUGUUAAGGUCCUCCGUAUACGACGUUAUCAAUGAAUCACCAAUUUCUCAAGGUGUAGGUUUGUCUUCACGUUUGAAUACGAACGUUAUCUUGAAAAGGGAGGAUCUUUUGCCCGUAUUCUCUUUCAAGCUUCGUGGUGCCUACAAUAUGAUUGCCAAACUGGACGACUCUCAAAGAAAUCAAGGUGUUAUUGCUUGCUCAGCAGGAAAUCACGCCCAAGGUGUAGCAUUUGCUGCUAAACACUUGAAAAUACCUGCUACUAUCGUUAUGCCUGUUUGCACACCAUCUAUCAAAUAUCAAAACGUCUCCAGAUUGGGCUCUCAGGUUGUUCUGUAUGGUAACGAUUUCGACGAAGCCAAAGCUGAAUGUGCCAAAUUGGCCGAAGAGCGUGGCCUGACAAACAUUCCUCCUUUUGAUCAUCCUUAUGUCAUUGCAGGUCAAGGUACUGUAGCCAUGGAAAUCCUGAGACAAGUGCGUACCGCUAAUAAGAUCGGUGCUGUCUUUGUUCCCGUCGGUGGUGGUGGUCUAAUUGCUGGUAUUGGUGCCUAUUUGAAAAGGGUCGCUCCUCAUAUUAAAGUCAUUGGUGUUGAGACUUUCGAUGCACCCACCCUACACAACUCCUUGCAACGCAACCAGAGAACUCCUUUGCCCGUUGUGGGUUCUUUUGCUGAUGGUACUUCCGUCCGUAUGAUUGGUGAAGAAACCUUUAGAGUCGCCCAACAAGUGGUGGAUGAAGUCGUCCUUGUUAACACGGAUGAGAUCUGUGCCGCAGUAAAAGAUGUUUUUGAAGAUACCAGAAGUAUUGUAGAACCAUCUGGUGCCCUAUCAGUGGCUGGUAUGAAGAAAUACAUCUCUACCGUACAUCCUGAAAUUGACCAUACUAAACACACUUACGUUCCUAUCCUUUCUGGAGCUAAUAUGAACUUUGAUAGAUUAAGAUUCGUUUCAGAACGUGCUGUUCUUGGUGAAGGUAAGGAAGUCUUUAUGUUGGUUACUUUGCCGGACGUUCCUGGCGCAUUCAAGAAAAUGCAAAAGAUCAUUCACCCACGAUCCGUUACUGAAUUCUCUUACCGUUAUAACGAACAUCGUCACGAAUCCUCCAGUGAAGUCCCCAAGGCUUACAUUUACACCUCUUUCAGCGUCGUUGACAGAGAAAAGGAAAUCAAGCAGGUGAUGCAACAACUAAAUGCAUUAGGUUUCGAAGCAGUAGACAUAUCCGACAACGAAUUGGCCAAGUCUCAUGGUAGAUAUUUGGUUGGUGGUGCUUCUAAGGUGCCAAAUGAAAGAAUCAUUUCGUUCGAAUUUCCUGAAAGACCAGGUGCCUUGACUAGAUUUCUUGGUGGCCUAAGUGAUUCAUGGAAUUUGACUCUAUUCCAUUACAGGAACCAUGGCGCCGAUAUCGGUAAAGUGUUGGCUGGUAUUUCCGUCCCACCAAGAGAGAAUUUGACUUUCCAAAAAUUCUUGGAAGAUCUAGGUUACACUUAUCAUGAUGAAACUGAUAACACUGUUUAUCAAAAAUUCUUGAAGUAUUGA